AUCACCCCUGAGUCACACAUUACGGUCAUGAGAAUAAAGGAAAUGAUAAUCAACUGAAGAACCUCUUGGUUGUUAAACAAAUUCUCCUUGCCAGUGCAUAAGGAAAUAUAUAGAGAACAGUUUGGAGAAUAUGCAUUCUGAUAUUGGAGUGUAAAGGGUUAAAGACAUCAUGUAAUCAGUUAUAUAUAUGUAGAGUACUGCUUGAAUAUAUGAUUGCAUUUAAGUACAAAUGCCAAGUAAACAGCAUUCUGUGGUCUUCUACUCUUCCACCCUGAAGGUUGCCUUGUGUAACAAAAAAAAACCUUUUUAAAGACACCUCUACAAUGGUAGGUACACACAACUGGCAUGUAUGAGUGAAGCAUGUCAAGCAUUAAGGUAUGAUUGUCAAUUUGCCUUUUAUUACUUGUAAACAGCUUACUUCUAUCAGACUUAAAAAAUUCUGUAUCCCCUGACUUCCAAAGAAAAGCAUUUCCCACGAAAAUUUAAGCAUCAAAGACAUAAGCUACCAGCAACAGGUAUUUCCAUUGCAAUUUUUUCAUAUCAUCAGAUUCUCAUCACAAUUUUUUGUUACUGGUACAUUUGAAAGCAUAAGAAUAUUUUAAUCAUUACAAUAUGUUGAAAUCCCCCAUUUUAACCUUUUAACUCCCAUAAGUGACCAAGAAAGAAUUUCUCCUUACAAUAUCAAAACAAUAUCAAGCAGACAAGUGAUGAGAAUAAGAAAAAUAUCAGUUAGGGGAUUAUAAGAUGAUCCAAUACUAAAUCCUCCAAACUAACAUCACAAGAACUGUAUAGGAGAUAGUAAGGAGAAUAACUAAUGAGAUCUUGGGAGUUAAAGGGUUAAGUCCCACUGUUAACCAAGACAGAAUUUCUCCUUACACUAUUAGCAUGACAUAAAGCAGACAGGUAAUGAGAAUUAAGACAAAUAACAAUUUGAGGAUUAUUGGUUGAUCCAAUUCCAAAUUCUCAAAUUUAAUAUCACAUACAUUGUAUGGCAGACAGUAAGGAGGAUUACUCAUGACAUUUUGGGAGUUAAAGGGUUGAGACACAUAUGGUAAUUAUGUGUUACAGAAAGACAGCAAAUAAAUAUAACAGUAUACGCCUGUAAAGUGUUCUUAUGUAGAAUGAAGUUUCAAACUCAUUGAAAUUAAGUUGACUUCAUAAUUCAUAUUUUAGUUAAAGAAAUGUGCAAUAUCUUUUUACAAGGAUGAAAAGGGCUAACAAUUAUCAGCGGUAUAUCGCAUUACACUCUGGAACAACAGAAUAUCAGGAGAAUUCAAUAUGCCGGCGAUCACGGCUCGAUCUGCAAAGAAGAGUGUUUCGUACCAUGACUUAUACAAUUUGAGUACCGCCGAUCUUCUAUUUGAUGAAAAGAAAAAGAGAAGAAGACCUGCAAGUAAAUCUUUGGGAUUUUUCGAGACAGGGCGAUGACAUGAUGUCAGAACUUUGAUUUGCUUUAAUUUAAUUUUCACGCUAAGACUACUGAAUUUCACUGGAAAAAAGUCAAAAUUUCCACAGAGACUUCACUGUGGUUUUUGUAUGGUUUUCAAAAAUUCCAUAGUCUGUUUAAAAACCAAAUGUGGUUAUUUUGUGGUUUUUUGAGGUUAAGUUUCAAAGGAUGCAAAUAUCCAUACAAAAUCCACAUCAGGUUAAUUAAUCUCCAUGUGAUGUAUGGAAACUACAUUGGAUUUUAAAUUUCCAAUGGUGGAAAUUGUUUGACAUUACUUAACAUGGAAAAAAAAAAUCCACAGUUGUCAUGGAAAUUAAAAUUUCCAAACUAAGUAAACUUGGAUUUUAAAAUUUCAAUGGUGGAAAUUGUUUGAAAUGACUACUACGAGUUUCAGUUUCUUAUAGUACAUGUAAGUGAAUUUUUUAAAGGCAGGAAAACAGAAUUCCUCCCUGGCUUGCAGAAAUUUAAUUGUUCAUUGAAUUGUAUUCUUUGUUGCAAAAAUUUACUUCAGUUGACAAUUGUGGAGUGGAAUUCAUAGAUCCAAGAUGGAGAUACAACAUUUCCCUAUUUGCAUACAGUGGAAUGUAAAAGAUAUUCAGGAAUACACAAAUUCAAAUUAAGUCUAAUAUCCAUUGUCCUUCCAGUAAGGCCCUUGCCACUGUCCAUCAAGUAUACUGACAAUGCUCUUAAAGUGAAUGGUGUCCAUAGCAUGGCCCAUGGAUUCCCUUUUCCACAACUGAUUUUCAUUCCACUGAUGGUGUUUGACAAAGAAAUAACCCCUGAUUGUUUUAUGUCCAUGGUCUACAGCUCGUACUUCAGCUCUCCACAAUUCUUCAUCACCUCCUUGAACAGACACCAUUUCACCCACUUGGGGAGACACUGGUACAAGGACCUGGGGAAUAGGGAUUCUUGAUCUCAUGGGAUCCACAACAGCAAACUUUCCAGGUUGAAAUGGAUAAAGCAUGAGUUUUCUUAUCAGAUCCUGUACUUGAAAACAUGUGCAUGUCUCAAAUGGCUCAAUGACAAUGGUAUCACUGAGAGGGUGCCUUAAAAUGUUACCCAGAGCAUCUGUAGCAAUUCGGUAAGAAUCACCAGUCACAAUAGGAAUGUACUCCUGGUUUACAAAAACCAAAUAGAAUUUCAAUAUUUUGACAAUGCUCAUGUUGGCUCCUUGAGAUACUACAGCAUCAUCUCCAGUAUGAUAUACUGUUCCACACGCAGAAGCAUGGGCCCUUUCUACCAAGGCACUUCUAUAAACUGCUGCUGUGUCUGGUGCUUCACCAAAGCCAGGGACAUUUCUAAAGUAAGCUAGCAAAAUGCGCACCCACCUGCACUACAUUCAACCUCACGUCCAAAGAUUAAUUCACGCUGACUUGAUAACAAAAGAUGCUGUUGCUGCGUCUUAGGGUUCACAGCUUUACCCUUGCAGUUUUCGCAAGGGCAGUGAACAUGAACAGAUACCCUUGCAGCACAAUAGCAACGCGAAGAGGGAAAAAAGGAUCCGAAACGUUUAUCCGCCUUCUCUGCCAUGUUGCUAAACAGCUUUGCAACCUCUCCUCCAAACUUAUGGUCAGCGGAUACUGAAAUUUCGACCAAUGAGAAAGCUCCGCGUGAGUCGUGUCGUUUCCCGCCAGAAAUGGGAUCAAAGCUGCACGUCAGACGAAAUUUUGUGCUCUUUGCUCGGCUGCUGCAGAAGUUUGUGUUUCUGCGAGAAGAUGGUCGAUUCGGAAGAAGAAGUUGGAGUUCUGGACCAAGAUUUCACGCCAUUUACGCAGUCAAGUCCGAGCUAUUCCGUUGAAAGUGAAACGGAUCAAGAAGUCUGCAAGAUUUUCAAGAAGUGGAAUGCAAGGAAACUUCCAGACUCUGCCAGAGGAGGAACGGUUUCAAAGAAAUCGAAGAUUGAACCGUCAAUUGAACCAGCAUCAUUGGGCGCCGAGGACUGCAAGGAAAAUGUCGACGUCAAAGGUCAGUGCUUUAAUAUUAAAUCAUUUACACGACCUUAUAAUUACAAACAUUUAAAAUGAAACCAAGUAUCUUUCAAGUUGACUGAUAAAGUGUAGGUCUUGUUGAAACCAUCCACUGGAGAAAAAAAUGGCGCGAAUAUUGUUUUCACGGUUUCAGACGCCAUCUUGUUUCGGAAGGUUGCUUGAUGCUAGAUCAUUUGAGGAAGGGAAUUGUAAAUUUAAUUCUAGUAUCAAGAAAGCCGACGAGUUGCUGUACGAAAAUGUCUCGCUUCUUAGCUAAUCUGUACAAGUUUGAUCGGCAACAUCUUUCGCUAGGCAUCAUUUCUUUCAUUAGUGAUCAUAAAAUUUUCAAAGUCAACCUUUUUUAACCCAUUGACGCCUGGGGACUUAGCGCGCACCUACCCCCUAAAAACCUGGCUUUUUUACGGCAUUUAAUUCAAACGCACGAGACAAAAAAAUAAACCAUGUGCACAGUAAAUUUUGACAAAUAAUUAUUUCCUGAAGUUUUCUUUUAUUACAAAAAGACAUCCUGAAGGACAAUUUUACGAAUUAAAAUACAUGUCAGCCGUGACAAACUGUUCACAAAACAGACUUUAAAAUAUAACUAAAAUUUUCAUCUCCUCCGCGCGUCUUUUUCGAAACUCGAAUAAUACAAAAAAAAAUUGUAAAAAGUCCCUAAAAUAUCUUAAAAUACAGGACUAAAAGGUAUGUUAUCAUUCUGUACAACUUACACAGACAUAAAUGUUAUGACACUGUGGUGUUUUCCUUAUGCAGGAGAGCAGUAAUUUGAGAUGAAAAAAAUUAUUUAUGAAUAACGGCAGGGUCAACAUAGGUGUGUUUUUUUUUUUGGCCGGCUCAGGUAUUUGGGGGGUGGUUUUCGCGGGGCCGGUUUUGGCCGCGGGUUUUAAACCUACCAAGCAUAGCUUAAUUCAGAUAAAUAACCUUCAGUACAAACUCUGAAACUGAAACCAGUGUGUUUUUUGUUUGCAUGCUCAAGAUUGGAGUGUAGAAGAUGUUCUGCAGUGGCUGGAAAGAAAAGGAUUUAAAGAGGAAUGUGAGCUUUUUAAAGGUUUGUACAUUAAACCCUGUUAGUGCCAAGAUUUUGAGGGGGGUGGUCUGCAAGUGCGAAAGCGAAUUAUUUUCUAUCACUUCACGCUACCCUGCAAACACACAUGAAACAGAUGUUGAAUUCUAACUUUCUGUCUCCAUCCUAGUCCUCCAAAACAGACAUAUUCGUGAGGAGUGAUGGUUAAUCUUGUUCCAUAAUCCAAAAUAGACGAAGGAAAGUAAAAUAUUUACUGUCAGUUCGAGCAUUUUUGCCACGCUUGCGAUCCGUGGAUGUUUGGAAGUCGCUUCGCAACGUGGUACGAUUAACAGUAGAUUUUGUCCUUUACCAUCUUACCAAAAAGAGGAAAGAAUAUGUGGCGUAUUUUAACCCAAGUAAGUACACGUACACUUCAUAAUAUUUGUCUGGGUAAAUGCAGUGCUCUUGACUUCAAUUCAUGAUGGCAACUGUGACGUGUUGAAUUAUGGGUAGGUAGAUCAGUCAGCCUCAAAUUUACAGUGUUUGUACGAGAAUCUGAGAGCAAAACACUUUCUUAAAAAAUUUCCUAGUAAUUCAUGAAAAGCAAACUAGGUUAUGACUGAUCCAUGUACCCAGAAUUCAAUGUAUGACAUCAUUUUUUUUAUGACAAAUGUUGCAUUUGGCCAAUUGUGUACUGUUUGCCAAUAUGGUUUGUAAGUUUUCUGAAUGUUUUUUCUUCCCUGCAUGCAGGAGAGUGGGAGUACUUUAGAACUGGUGCAAAAGUUCUUUUUAAACUUAUAAAUUUAGUAUAUAAAGGGGGUGCUGCACUCAGUUUAGUUAUAGAAAUGUAUUCUGUUGUGAUUGUUUUAUGCCAGUAUCUAAUCUAAUUUAUCUUUUCAUUUAAUUUCCACUACAGAACUGACACAGGCAUCGUGCGACUGCAUUAUUUUAGUUGCCUUGGACAAGCCAUCUGUGAUGCAUGUCCAAAGAUCCAAGGAACUAGAAAAGCUCAAAAAAUUGUUUGGGCUGAGCCUCCUAAGAGGCAAAGAUAAAAACACUUAUAUAAGGGCAACAGCGAAUGCUCUCCUGGAACAUGGGUAUGUUGAAGUGGAUAAAGAGGGAGACCUUACCAACCUCAGGAGAGACCAGUCGAAAGUGGCCAAAAAGAUUGAUCUCUAAAUGUAUAGACAGCGCUAGCUCCUUUCAUGUACAUGGACAUGUGCAAAUUAUGUGGAUGUUUACUAUGGUUCAUAUUUUGUAAGAAUAAUUGAGCCAGUGACUGCAGAACUGACACAUGUUGAUGUUCAAUUACUAUGGAUCAAAUUUUGUAAGAAUUGUUGAGCCUGACUACAGAACUGGUCACACAUGUACAGGCAUCAUGUGACUGCGAUACUAGUAUGGUUUCAUUGGUCAAGCCAUCUGUGACAAAGAUCCAAGGAAUUAAAAAAUCUCAAGAAUGUUGUGUUAAACUUCCUAAAAGGAAAAAACAAGAAGACCUAUAUAACGGCAACAGCAAAUGCUCUCCUGGAACAUGGUUAUGUGGAAGUGGACAAAGGAGAGAUCAGUUAAAAGUGGCCAAAAAAAAUUAUCUGUAAAUGUAUGGACUCCUGUCAUGUACAUGGACAAAUAAUGUUGAUGUUUUCUGUUGAUCAUAUUUUGUAAAAAUUGUUGAGCUUAUAUAUGAAUCAGAGCUACACAAUUGCCUUUUAUCCAACAUACGGUUUAAUGUUGAAGUAAUGGGUGUUUUUCACUUUGAAAGUCACACAGGCAUCCUGUGAUAAUGCAUUGAAACCCUGUCAGUUGCAAUUGUUUAGAGAUCUUCAAGAUAUUUUGGCGGUUGAAACAACUAAAAAAGCUAGUAAAGAACUCCAUUAUCUGGGCAAUUGUGUGUGCUCUUAAUCUUAAACAUUGCUCAUCUGGAAGUUGGCCUGGGGUCAGAGAUCAUCUUAAAAAGGAAAAGGUUUCUUGUACAGGCUGGGUCAGUUCCUCAGUCGCAAUCUUUUAACUACCAGAUUGGUUUUCAAUGUACUUGGUAUUUUAUUUUAUUUUUUUUUGUACUUUACAGUUACAGUACAUUGUUGCAUAUACGAAAUUAUAAAUUUCAUUACUUAAAUGCUUCUUUGUUGUGACUUUAACUUUAAAAUACACCACUUAGUACAUUUCAAUCACUACUCGCCUCAUUACAAAAAACCUGCCAUGGUAAUUAAAGUGACCACUGUGGUCCUUUACAUUGGAAAUCUAGAUUUCCUUCCAUAGAAAUUGUGAUUUACAUGCUUCCCUACAAAACCAAUUUCCAAGUGUGGUAAAUGUUAUCCAUCUGUGGGCUUGACCAUAGAAAAACCUGCUAUGGUAAUUAAAGUGACCACAAUGUGGUCCUUUCCAUUGGAAAUCUAGAUUUCCUUCCAUGGAAAUUGUGAUUAACAUGCUUCCCUACAAAACCACUUUCCAAGUGUGAUAAAUUUUAUCCAUCUGUGGGCUUGACCAUAGAAAAACCUGCCAUGGUAUUUCAUUUUCCAUAGUGGGAUAAGUAAUCUUGGACAUUGCGAUUUCCUUUCUUGGGAAUUCCAAUUACCAUGAUAAAUCCCAAUGUUGUGUAUGCAUAAUUUCCACAUUUGGAAAGUUUAGAAACCAUCAGUGGAUUUGUGCAAAAACCAUGUGUGGAAAAAGAGUACUUUUUCCACACAUGGUAUUUUGUUAAAAACCACAGCAAAACCACCAAAAAACCAUAAAUAAUACAUGCAUGGAAACUUGAUAAUUUUUCCAGUGUUUGUAUUUAAUGCCUGGCAUAUUUUUAUUCCGAAAAGGACCUAAGAACUAAUUUAUUUCCCUGCAAGAACAUAAACAAAUAUGGCCGACGAUUCUAAGAUCAGCGUUGCUCGUGUUUAACUAUUUCAGUCACAGUUUUCAACAUGGCGUCUAGUCACUUAAUCAACAUGGAAAAUAAGGGAUAUUCUGACGCGUUGGGAAGUUUUUUGAUGGGAGGAAAUGGCAAUUUUACAGGAUAUUUGGACGCUUCGAACUCUGUAGCAGUCAAUUCGAUCGAGAGCAGUUGACUUUAUUGACGCACUUUCCUGUAAUACGCGAGUGUUUGGGAUGGAGAACGACGGAUUUUGAAGAACUGUAUGGCGACCUAGGUCAAUGAUCAAUGACAAAAGAACUGGCUCGGGAAGUAAGUGGUUUUUAUUUAUCGAGUCCCUGUGAGGUUUGAUGAAUAGCAGAAUCAGUACUGAAUAUGUCUCGAUCGAGAGCAGACGGGACCAUGAGCUCCUCAUUGUUAUAUUUAAGAAAUUUUUACAAAUUUCCAUACAGUUUCUUAUAUUAUUUGGACGCUAUUAUGGGCGAAAUGCGCAAGCGCGGCCGCCAUCUUGUCCAAUAUUUCUGCCGAUGGAAACGUGAUCAGUUGAAUUAAAAACUGAAGCUAGUAUCAAACGACGAUUGGCUAAAAAAAAGUUUGAAUUUUUUUGUGGGUCUUAGCGUAAGAGAAAACCCAGAUAGGACACGACUUACCUCCUCUUCUUUCGCGGAUCCUCUGCAGUUCGCUUCUCUUUGUUAAUGACCUCUUUUCUGUCUGUUUUCAGAAGCGACUUUGUACUUCCUUCUCACGUUGCUCUUCGCUAGAAACUCGCCUUUUUACUUAUGCCCUUUACUGUUCUCUUUCGUGUUCCUCUCGCCAUAUUCUGCCUAUUUUAGCGUCCUUUGUAACUUUUUUGCGCGAUUUUCUGGACUCGCUUUACGCCGUUUACUUGUUGCUUUCUUUGGUCGCUUUGUCUCUUUAUAUCCAGCCUAUUUUCAAUUAAAAUCCUCUCUCCACGAACUUGAAUUAUAACAAUUUCCUCCGGUUGACAAAGCUUAAACCGGUAUUGUUGUCUUACGAGUUGUUUAGAAAUUGCAAAAUACUGAGAAUUACUGUUCAACUACAUCCUGACCAGUUUAAUUUCCCGCUCAAAACGCGGGUGGCCAAUUUCAUCUACUAGCUCACGUGAAGCCCUCGUGCAAUGCCUAACCGUGUGCCCGCAGUACGCUACACUGCGCACUUUAUCGUCAUCUGACGGUGUCUCUUGGCGCACACUAAUGUGGUAUCCAAGUUACGCACGCGAUCGCGCCUGCGCAUUACCUUCUCCCUCGCCCUUCCAUUACGUAAUGGCUAAGAUAGUGCCCGUGGUACAGUUGGCCGCGCAUACUAAAAGUAGCACCUUGUACGGUCGUACGGUCGUACAACCAAAUUUUUUCGGCUUGAUGAGUUACUACUAUUUUGUAUAGUUAUGGGGCUACGCUCUGCGAGCUUCGCUAUUACAUUGAAACGAGCAACUCAGACCGACCGACACAGGAUCAAGUUAUUGUCUGUUCCAGAAGAAGGUAAAUUGCUUCGCAAAUACGAGGUAUCAAGUGCACGUGAUUGGCUUGGUCAUGGGCCCCUACACUGUAUCAAUUGGCACAACUCCAAGUUGCACCUGCGAAGAUUUCAUGAAGAGCCGAAUGGUGGAGAUCUGCAAGCACUUGAUUUGGGUGUACGUAGUCGUCCUUGGAGUCAAUGAAAAGGACGAUACCCUUCAACAAGCAGCACUCACUGAGCAGGAAGUCCGCUCCAUUUUUCAACGCGCACCACCUCCGUGUACUCAGCCAAAGCCCGCCUUAGGUAAGAAACGCUUAGUCUCUAAGAGUAGCACAAACUAUGCGCAGAGUAACGCUGACAGAGUGAUUAGGAAUGACCCGCGGAGUAAUCACCCACAAGUGUGGCGUCUGGAGCGGUUGAAUCGAUCCGCCGGACCCAAACCACAGUGUGCAGGGUGUAAGAAAGUGUCCUUUGAUGCUAGUGAUAUUCUGUUGGCGGUUGAUGCUCUUUACGUUCCAGGCAACAAGGAAUUUUGUGUUCAGCGCACGUAUAGAUUCUGUGUCGACGCUCCGUGCUUCUCCGAAGUGCCAAGGUUUUUAAACUUAAAACCAGCGAGAAUAGCACUUGCCGGUCGAGGAGCGACUCAGGAAGACAUUGAAAGAGCAUUCUCUAUGGGGCUAACAAUUGAGUGAAUGCAACCUCACACUGAAUUCUGAAAGUAGAACGAAACAGUUGUUUUUGUUGAGUGACAUGUUUUAACUAGUAUCGUCUAAGUUUAAAAAGGAAAUCGUCCUCAAAAGUUGUCAACGAACCUCUCGGCGAUGAAGAUAUGUGACAUGAAUGUAUUACACAGCUAUUGCACGACAAAAAGGGGACCAUUUUCGUUGAAAUACGUAUUUAUUUGUUUCCGCCGGCCAGCUGCCUAGACGUUUUUGAUAAAAGCCUCGACUAAGGACCGGCUCACAUGUGCUACAAAGCAUAAAAAACCUGACUUGCGAAGCGUCUGUUUCACAACAUUCACUCGCCCAAAUUGGGGAUUCAAAAUAAGAUAUAAAAUCAUCUUGCCUGAGUAGUUUGCGAGCAAUCAUUUUUGACUCUAUUGUGCGUUUUAUUUAGUUAUUACAAACCAAGGGUAAAUGACAGUGAAUUCAGGAAUUUGUGCACAGCGAGAGGUGUGUCCGAUUAUUCCCUCGCGUCUAGGUUUAACACAGUGUAAACAAUUGAGUUCACAGUUUCAGUUGUAUUUGAAGUUUCGUUCAUUUAUUUAAUUUGUAAGUGAUGCAAAUGACAACAUCAUCUUAAUGGAUAGCCAUCUCCACUUAUCAAAAGGCGCCUUACUUGCACAGUCUCAACGCAGUGAAAUUGAGAACUAUUAAACUGGCUGAAGUUAAAGCUAUCUGCGACGGUGAAUUUGUGUACCGUUACUUUCAUCAACUUCAGGCAACACUGUGUGGUAAGAAGUGCAUGAGAACGUCAAAAAACGGCGGUUGAUCGUAAAGUUAUAUCGACAUGUUUCCAGACGCAAAGAAGGUUAAGAAAUGUGUCAAGUAUAAAUGUUAUUGCAUCUAUUACGUUUAAGUUGUGUUGGGGAAGCAAUAAGGCGGUAUUGCUUGGUACACUGUUACAACUUCUGCCGAUCAAAAGAACGUUCACUUAAGCAAAGCGACCGACAGAUUCAAGACUAAUUUCGAUUGCAAAACAGCUUUUACUACCACAAGAGUUUACAUCGAAAAGCUUUUUAAGUUUAAAGCAUGUACUGAACAAAUACCGAUGAUGAAAUGCGUUUUGUAAAUAAAAUUGAUGAAUGGAAGGGGAAUUGGCGAAGAGCUGUAAGGAUAAAUUUAAAUCAGCUUUAGUUGAACUAUGUCUAAAAUAAUUCUACUUGCCCUUCAGACUCUUCCAUGAGAGCAGACUCCAUUAAAAAAUUUUCCGGUCGGAUCAUAUCGUUAUCAGUCCCAAAAAGUGUAAAACAAUGUUUUGUUCGUUCUUGGGCAAACUUGAUCCAAGUUUGAUCCACGCUGGAAUCACAAAUCACUCCUCGAAAGGGCGAAAUCCGCCGAGCAUGCGCACUUAUUUUGCCGCUGUCGAUCCUACUGUUUUUAAACUGUGAAUGUGAAGACUUGAGACGAAUCGGGGAGAGGUCUGCCGGGAGUCUGGCACCACUUGCAGACUUCUAGCUGACUACCCUUUACAGGACUAUAGAGAAUGGGCUGCCAUUGAACUGCCAAUGAGGCAGCUAAGGAUCCUAGGAAUAUUACAGAGGGUUAUGGGGGAGUCGGGUAAAUUUUAUCAUGACAACCAAAAUCCUCCGACCCCCAGCUCCCCUCCCCCACCCGCUUCACAUUGAUAAACACUGAUCAGUCACUAACUAAGCCACUUAUUUUUUCGGAGUCUGUUUUAGAAUUAUCGAACACGAACGAGAAAUUGAACGAGCUAGACAAACGUACUGUUACAAGGGUGAAGCGAAAGGAGGUAAUCAAGAAAAACUCAUAAUUAAUUUAUUUCCUUUUAACUUCCCAUCUCAGCACCGGUCACAACCAUCUGUUGAGAUCUGAUGACUGUUUACUUGAACGUUGAAUAACGGAGGGUGCUAUCGUUGUUAUCCUCAGUAAAGCUCGUGAGAAGUUGGCCUGCUAAAAUAUCGCACACCAUUCACUAUUUGUCUGAAAUAGCGGCUCCUAGCGGAUAUCAUGAGCAAAUUGUAUUGUAACCAGUAUUCGCAAUUUUUGCUCAUAUCGACCGAACUUGAAGACCUUCGUUCGACUUGUAUCGCCAACUGUGUCUUUAACAUUUUUCUUAGUUACACCGCCUUCAUGUUGAAUAUUGUGACAAUCUACGCCAUACACAAAACUUCAACGACGCCAAACACUUUGAGAACUCUGCUGCUAAGUCUUGCCUGCUCGGAUGUUGCUGUUGGUUUGUUCAGUCAACCAUUAUACACUUUCCUCCUUAUCAACUGGCUUCGACUUGGCAAUUCUGGCUGUACUACUCUACAUGUGUUGACGAUUUCAAGUACUUUAUUUUCAACUGCUUCGUUCCUUGGUGUUGUGGCUGUAAGUGUAGACAGGUUCUUAGCUGUUCAUCUUCAUCUCAGAUACCAGGAGCUUGUAACUCACAUGCGUGUUGUUGUUGUGGUGGUCAGCAUAUGGGUGUACAGUGGAGUUUUUUCAUUGAUGAUAUUGUGGGGGCCUUUUAGUGCUUGGAAGCUUAUAAGAACAAUUACUGCUGCUUUCGGUUUUAUUAUCACACUCGUGGUGUAUAUCAGGAUAUAUCAAACUGUUCGACGGCACGAGAAUCAGAUUCAGUGUAUGCAAAUACGAGACGAAGCUCAAUCUGAGGAGUUAAAAAACUUUACAGUUCUCAUUAAAUCCACAGUUGGCAUAUUCUACGUAUAUCUCGUGUUGUUAGUUUGUUAUUUGCCUUUCAUCAUCUGCGUAGUUGUUAUUCAAAUCUAUGGCUCGAGUAUCGCUUUGAAGAAACUUUUAUUUUACUCGUUGACCCUCAUAUUUCUAAAUUCAUCUUUGAACCCUGUCAUUUACUGCUGGAAGAUGAGACACAUUCGACACGCUAUUAUAGACAUACUACGAAAGAUGUCUUGGAUCAGCAAUCGGCCAUUUCGGAUCAACUACAAUCGGUCAUCGAGUGUCGUCCAUAUUGAUAACUGAACCCCUCUAUGUGGCUUACAAAGACUAAACACAGUAUUUGUUACGGCAAAGUGAAAUAGGAACAAACAAGAUUGUACAUAAACUUUUUAAUAUGACCCGGCAGCCAAAUAAUUACGUAAGUUCCGAUUUUAAAGACACAAUAAAUCGAAUGAUCUGUAGUGUGACAGGGAAAGGCUAUUUUGAGCUAGAAAGCUGGUUUUGUCAUCGAUGGAUGCAAGUAAAAGUAGGAUAGGACACAUGCUUUUAUUCCUAUUAAGGUUUUCGUCGCUCUUAAUUUCAAAUCAGAAUUAAAAACUAGUAACGAUGGUUGCGAUCUUGAGCUUCGGAAAAGUUUCUUCUUUGGCUUGUAAAUUUUCCCCAUGACUGCCAACUGUUUCGCCGAAUCUAUUAAAACUAGCACUGACAACUAAGUGACAUGCCGAUACAAAUAAAAUAGAAGGAAACCUGUGCCAUCCAUCCUUCUGCCUCAAGAGAAAAAUUUCCAAUUUAUUCUUUGGUGAUGAAAAACAAACUUCUUCCUAUUAAUAAACAGUCAAAGCCUUGACUCCUUUGAAUGUGUAAUUUAAAGAAAUUCUCAAGGAAACAAGUAAUAAGAAUGACAGAGAUGAUCAGUUUGGGGAAAUGGUAUUGAUAGUAAGAUUUUCAGGACUAAACAACAACUAAAUAUGUAGUGCUCACAUAAAUAAACAGUCAACUCCUGAACUCCCCUAUUAAUGUGUAAUUUAAAGAAAGUUGAAGGCAAGCAGGUAAUAAGAAUGACAGAGAUGAUCGAUUUAGGGACAUGGUAUUGAUAGCAAGAUGGUCACGAAUAGACAGCAAAUAAAUAUAAGGUAUGAUCAUGAGUGAGGGGAAUAAACUUCCACCUCUUUCUGUAGUUGUUAAAAAUUUUAAAUGGUCCUAUGAUAAAACGGUAUAGCGUCACUUUGAGAGCGUCUCGUAAUGCCUCUAGGAAGAAUCGAUGUUAAUCAUUAGCUAAUGAGUGGACUCAAAACGAAAAUGAAUUGAGCAACAUACUUGAAAGUUAAACAAACAACGAAAAGCAUCUAGUUUGCCUUAACACUUUUGAGGUAAAAACUUAGUCGAAGCAGAAUGCUGCAUAUGGAAACGAAAACAGAGGUUGCUAUAGAGUUAUUGAUUAGCCCGCAGAUGUUUGCAGAUGGUUCUUGAUAAUACCGUGAGUUUUGCCGGAAAACUUAAAACUAAGUAUGUUUUUCCUUGUUAUCUCCUUUCGCUUUAAUGCAAAUAACAGAGAGGUUUUGGAAUCAAUUUGAUAAUCCUUUUUAAUUUCUAGACAAGUUAAUGGGUCAAUGAAGUGAAAUGUAGUGAAAGCAUUAGUCUCAUAAUAAAAGUGUUGAAAAGUUUAUUGGUACAGAUAAUCGAAAGCUUAAAUUUCGGGCAUAUCUAUGAUCGAGUGUCUUCCGCAUCAAUAAUUCAAAUCUGCUGUGUGGCUAACAAGCGUUUCUGCGGUUUGCUGUCGUUAGAGUAAACAGGGAUUGGAGAUACGAAAUUGUAUUUAGACUCAAUGAUGUCCUCCCAAUGGCCAAAAUUAUUGUUCACUUCAAUUUUUUAACGAAAUAAUGUAUGAAAGAACUGCAGUCGGAGAGACGGAGAGAUUAGAAGCUGGUUUCACUUUAGUGAGAUGUUGUUAUUAUGAAGGUUCUCGAAGAAGAAAGAAAUAGGAGACAUGAUAUUAUAUGCAUCAAGGUUUUCGUCGUCCCUUUAAAAUCAAAAUAGAAACUCGAUGAGAAAAAAAAAAACGGCAAAAUAAAAAAACAGAAUCAACAUGGAUCUCAACAUAGACAUGUAAAAGUAGCAACAAGCCGUUGGGACUCAGGAAAGGAUGACCACCACUGAUUAACCCACUAAAUCCUAACAUCAGCAUGCAUAUUCUCCAUUCUGUUCUCUAUACAUUUCCAAUGACACUGAUAAGGAGAAUUUGCGUAACAAGAAAGAGCUGCUUUUAUUUGGUGAUCAUUUCCAAUUUUCUCAUAACCUUAAUGCGUGACGCAGGGUUGAUGUUGUAAAGAAAAAUUAGAAGCUAGUCACUUCUAGGGGUCAAAGGAUUAAUAGAGGUGACCGCUUGAUGGAGGUGAAAAUUACACUAACUAAGGGUUACCAUUUUCAGCACUUAAACAACCGACCACCCAAUACAGGGUGACUGCUAAUAUGGUGCCACUUCGAACAGGUGCCAUUGUAUUCCUAUCUGACUCUUUGUAAAACGUCAUGACAAGUUAUUUAUACUGGUUAAUUAAUGUUUUGUUCCUGCUGAUCAAUAUUUUGACAAAUUUCGCAUAACUUAGUUCCUUCUAAUAUAUAAUUUUGGCCAAGAGAUUGUAAACAGUUUAUGAUCUCUUAUUUUGGCCAAAUCGAGAAAUUAAAGUCCCGCGAAAUUAAUUAAUUAAAAAAGCGCAUUUCAAGUCUCAUUUGCGAAGAAGCUCGUGGUUGUAUGUAUGCCUCCUUAAGGCUAUCAAAAAAAUUUCAGUAUUUCCUUUACACCCUUGCUAACUCUUCAUUCUUCUGCUAAGUUCUUCAUUCUUCAGCCUCCAAAACCGUAGAGCGUGCGUCUUUGUCGUUUCAGCGGGUAUACAACGUCCAUGGCGGUCACAGUCUUGCGCUUAGCGUGCUCAGUGUACGUCACCGCGUCGCGUAUUACGUUUUCGAGGAAAACUUUAAGAGCUCCAUGAGUUUCUUCCCAAAUGAGAUCUGAAAUGCGCUUUCUUAUGUUUUAUUAAUAUCCUAGCUAACAUAGCUGUCACGCUGAAAUAAACGAAGGCAAUUAAAAUGAGCUUAAUCUUAAGAACAUAAACGAGAAAUUGAAUGAGCUCUACAAACGUGCAGUUACACGUGUUAAGCGAAUGGAUGUAAUCAAGGAAGACUUAUAAUCAUUUUCUUGUAGCUUCCUAUCUCAUCACCGGCCGCAACCAUCUGCUGACAUCCAAAGACUGUUUACUUCAACGUUGAAUGACGGAGGGUACUAUCGUUGUUAUCCUCAGUAAGGCUUGUGAGAAGUUUGCCCGCUAAAAUAUCGCAAACCAUUCAGUAUUUGUCUGAAAUAGCGGCUCCUAGCGAAAAUCAUGAGCAAAUUGUUUUGUAACCAGUCUUCGCAGUUUUUUCCCGUAUUCAUCGAACUUGAAAAUCUUCGUUCGACCUGUAUCACCAACUGCGUCUUUAACAUUUUUCUUACUUACACCGCCUUCAUGUUGAAUAUUGUGACAAUCUAUGCCAUACACAAAACUGCAACAAUGCCAAAAACUCUGAAAACUCUGCCGCUAAGUCUUGCCUGCUCGGAUGUUGCUGUUGGUUUGUUUAUUCAACCAUUAUACACUUUCUUUCUGAUCAACUGGCUUCGAUUAGACAAUCCUGGCUGUAACACUCAACAGGUGCGGACGAUUUUAGGUUAUUUAUUCUCAACCGCUUCGUUCCAUGGUGUUGUGGCUGUAAGUGUAGACAGGUUCUUAGCUGUUCAUCUUCAUCUCAGAUACCAAGAGCUUGUGACUCACAGGCGUGUUGUUAUUGUUGUGAUUGGCAUAUGGGUGUACAGUGCAUUUUCCUCUUUGAUGAUAUUUUGGGGGCUUCUUGGUACUCGGGAUCUUAUAAGUACAAUUAAUAUAGCUUUCAGUUUUAUUAUCACACUCGUGGCGUACAUCAGGAUAUAUCUAACUGUACGACGGCACAAGAAUCACAUUCGGUCCAUGCAAAUACGAAACGAAGCUCAUUCUGAAGAGAUAAACUUCAGUGUCCUCAUUAAAUCCACAGUUGGCAUAUUCUACGUAUAUCUCGUAUUUUUAAUGUGUUAUUUGCCCUAUUUCAUUUGCAUAGCUGUUAUUCAAAUCUAUAGCUCGAGUAUCUCCUUAAAGAAACUUUUCCUUUACUCGCUGACUCUCGCGUACCUGAAUUCAUCUUUGAACCCUGUAAUUUACUGCUGGAAGAUGAGACACGUUCGACACGCUAUCAUAGACAUACUGCGAAAGAUGUCUUGGAUCAGCAAUCGG